AUCUGGCUGCACAGUCAUGUCUGGGAGAGGAAAGGGUGGGAAAGGCCUAGGAAAGGGGGGUGCCAAGCGCCACCGGAAGGUUCUGAGAGACAACAUCCAGGGCAUCACCAAGCCCGCUAUCCGGCGUCUCGCUCGGCGCGGGGGAGUCAAGCGCAUCUCCGGCCUCAUUUACGAAGAGACCCGCGGCGUGCUGAAGGUGUUCCUGGAGAACGUCAUCCGGGACGCUGUCACCUACACCGAGCACGCCAAGCGCAAGACGGUCACCGCCAUGGACGUGGUCUACGCGCUCAAGCGCCAGGGCCGCACCCUGUACGGCUUCGGAGGCUAAGCCGCCGGCGCCGCUCUGGCUUUGUUAGUUCCAAAGGCCCUUUUUAGGGCCAACCACGUGGUCAUUGGAAGAGUUGACACUCUGGCUUCUGGGCCUGGCUGUGGAGGUAGGACUCGACUCAAACACAAUGCAACAGAGUUGGGUUUCUAUUCUGCGCUGAUCUGUUCCUUAGGAACCUAGGUGUUUCAAGAGCAGCGAAAUAAUGUACAACGCUGGCUUCCCUGUAAUCUCACUAAUAGCAUUUCAAAGGGAAUUAAUCUUGCUUCCUUGGUUUUAACAAAAGUGAUGGAUCCUCAUUUGCUCAGCAAAGUAAAAAAAACCCUAUGGAGACGUGGUCAAGAGACACCAGCUCUGCCAACCGAUCUGUUUGGGGUUCGUCAGUUAACGUUUUCUGGCUUCAUUUUUCACCACUAUACAAGAAGCAGGGAACCAGAUUUCUUAAACGGCACUGUUCACAUUAGACAUUGUUUUGGGACAUGUGCUCUGCUCACAUCUGACAAAGGUGAGAGCUCACCACUUAAAACUAAAGGAUAGGUUACUUAAUCAGAGAUAUAUUGUUGGUAAGUUCUCUAAUAUUUCUGGAGAUUUUAUCUGGACAGUCCGUGAGCAGUAUUCCUGGCUUCCUGUGUUCAAUAGGCA